CCAUUUGGGGGCUGCUGUACACAGGGCAGGAAAUGGGCGAGCAGUGAAUCCCCUUUCCAGCUCCUUCUAGACCCUGGAGCCCUGGAAAGUUCCAAAGGCGGAAAGAAGGCUGGCCCUACAAUCUGACGGUUUUCCCAGGAGUGCCAUGGCCUCUCCUGAUUCUGAGGUGAAGGAAGAGCGACUCAGGGAAGACCUCAAGUUCUACUUCAUGAACCCCUGUGAGAAAUACCGAGCCAGGCACCAGAUCCCGUGGAAGCUGGGCUUGCAGAUCCUGAAGAUAGCCAUGGUAACCACGCAGCUUGUUCGGUUUGGCUUAGGCAACCAGUUGGUGGUGGCUUUCAGAGAAGAUAACGCUCUCACCUUUAAGCACCUGUUUUUGAAAGGCUUUUCUGGCGUUGAUGAGGACGACUACAGCUGUAGCGUGUACACGCAAGACGACGCCUAUGAGAGCAUCUUCUUUGCUGUAAAGCAGUAUCAUCAUCUAAAGAACAUUUCCCUGGCCAACAUUGGUUAUGGAGAAAAUGGAGACAACAGAACUGGCUUGAAAUUCUGUAAGCAGCAUUACAAGACAGGUGCCACGCUUUCUUCAAAUGAGACCCUCAAUAUUGACAGUGACAUUGAGACAGACUGCACUCACCUAGACCUCGAGGUGCUCGACAGGGAACCCGAGGGCUGGAUGCAGGCCCCGUUCUUCAGGCUGGAUUUCUACCGGCUUGUGCAAGUUGAUAUCUCCUUUGCCCUCAGAGGAAUUGACCUCCAGGCAAUCCAUUCCCGAGAGGUACCAGACUGUUACAGCUUCCAGAACACGAUUACCUUCGACAACACAGCGCACAGCGGAAAAAUCAAAAUCUAUUUUAACAGUGAGGCCAACAUAGAAGAAUGUAAAGCCAUGAACAUAUCUGGGUCUAUCCAGAGAAGCACCCACUAUGUGCUGGUGUUUGACGUUCUUGUCAUCAUGGUCUGCCUGGCGUCCCUCGUCCUGUGCACCCGGUCCAUUGUUCUUGCUCUGAGGCUGAGAAAGAGGUUUCUAAACUUCUUCCUGGAGAAGUACAUGCGACGUGUGUGCGACACUGACCAGUGGGAGUUCAUCAAUGGAUGGUACGUCCUGGUCAUCACCAGCGACCUCAUGACGGUAACUGGAUCCAUACUAAAGAUGGAGAUCAAGGCCAAGAAUCUCACAAAUUACGAUCUGUGCAGCAUUUUGCUUGGGACGUCAACGCUCUUUGUCUGGGUUGGAGUCAUCAGAUACUUGGGCUAUUUUCAAACAUAUAAUGUGCUCAUCCUAACCAUGCAGGCCUCACUGCCCAAAGUCCUCCGCUUCUGCGCAUGUGCUGGGAUGAUCUACCUGGGAUACACGUUCUGCGGCUGGAUUGUCUUGGGACCGUACCACGAGAAGUUUGAAAACCUGAAUAUAGUGUCCGAAUGCCUGUUUUCUCUGAUCAACGGUGACGACAUGUUCGCCACCUUCGCUCAGAUCCAGCAGAGGAGCACCCUGGUGUGGCUGUUCAGCCGUCUCUACUUGUACUCCUUCAUCAGCCUCUUCAUAUACAUGGUCCUCAGCCUCUUCAUCGCGCUCAUCACCGAUUCUUACCACACCAUUAAGAAAUACCAGCAAAAUGGGUUUCCUGAAACGGAUCUGCAGAAAUUCCUGAAGGAACACAGUGGCAAAGACGGGUACCAGAAAGAGCCACCAGCCUUGCUGUCCUGUGUCUGCUGUCCGAGGAGGUCAGUGUUGUGUGUGGAGCUGGAAGAGAGUCAUUCCAAAGAGAGGAAGUGAUGACCACUUGAUUCUCAUUGACUAAAACCCUUCUGCUAAUGUCAAGUCCAGACAUCUCCUGUGGGAGCGCAGAGAGACCCCGGAGGGAGCAGAAGUUCACUAAAAGAUUGUCUUACUGAAUUGUGGAUCCAGAAGGCGCGGUUUCUGCCAGCUGCUGACCAGAAGUGACAUUCCAAGUUACUUUUUAUAAAUAUGGAGGGUAGAGAAUAAGCCCCUCCUGAGAUUUAAUGUAAUGGAAGUGUAAUAAUGAAAUUCAUCAGUAGUUUGCUCCUUUGUGACAUCAAAAUGUUGGGAUGGAAAAAAUAUACUAGCAUUUCAGAGUGCGUAAACAAUAUUUAAAGCCAGGUAAAGAUAUAUGUUUAUCGCCAGAAAAAUAUUUGUUUUAAAAUGUGAUCCUUGGAAUUGAAGACAUUUGUUAAUUCGUGAUCAGCACAGAAGUACUUUUGGUUUCAAGACCAAAUUAAGGCUUGAAGCUGGAGAACCGGUAAACCAUGUAAGGCUGACACUCUGACAUUAGCAGAAAGAUGUCUGGGAGAAUCCAGAUCCUGCCUGGUUGUACUGUGAACUUGCUUCUCGGGCAGGCUGUGCAGUGUCCGUUAUCACAGUCUGUGGGAUGAAACAGAACAUCUGGAUGUCUCCUCGGUUGAGCUUUCCCUGGUCUAUACACACAAGAUGAGUGGUGCUAAACUUGGGGUAGCCACCUGUUUCAUGAGUCAUCUCCACCGUGGUGGGAAUUUACCUUUGUCAAGCAAGGAAAUGUGGCGCAUCCUUAAAUAAAUUUAUUUUCACAA